UGCCCGAUCGCACAGUUCACAACCAUCCCGGGGCCGUCUUCAGCGAUUCAUAUCUGUCCCAGCAUCAUCCGCCUCCCGUCUCUCAUGAUCAUUCCAUCCAAGACCAAAUCUUCUCAAACUUAGGAUCGUGCGGUUCCGCCGCUGUUCACGAUCAGACCAACUCCCACGAGCGACCCACGUCCAGCGCUCCACCGCCAUCGCCAGUGGUUGAUUCCAUGAUUAACACUCCGCCUGACCUGACCGCUCCUGCAAACAAUCUUUCCAUCGCCCAAAUCAUCAGUCCGCAUGAACUCCCUAACCCGCAUAAUGUCAUUUCUGAUCCAGGCAUUCAUUUUGAUUCCGUUGUUGCUAAUUCGCCAUUACCGCACACGUCUGAAAUUAUGCAAGAAUCAGGCAGUAGCUUUACUAAAGAACACUCCAAUUCAAACACCCAACACUCCAACACGUUCGUUCUUGAGGCUAAAACUUCUUCAGACGGGCGGCCCACUACUGCGGUAGGAAGCUCCACCGCUGCCAGCUCAGAUCAUUCCGAGAACUCGAAGGCUCUGGAUCACCACCAUCGCUGGUCGGCGGCCAGAAGCAGGCAGUCAUGUUUGCUGACCAAGAGCAUGUAUUUCUCAGCUGAAAGGAAUGAGCUUAAAUCCACUGUCCAGUUACUACGGCAGUCAAUGUUAUUGGACGAUGGCUCUAGCAGGGAUUUAUUUGAAAGCGCGGAGCUCCUCUCAGCUUCUUCAGACACGGAUUGUGUUUCUUCUAGAAGUAAUUCGAUGACUCCUGAGCUCAAUGUACCUCAGCAUGCUCGGGUGACCUCCAGCGGGAGUAGCGUGUCUGCUAGAUUUUAGUAAGAGAUAAAUAGCAGGCUUCGCA